AUGCCCGCCCUCCGCACGGCCAAGAACCGCAAGCCGCCACCAGAUGGCUUCGAGGACAUCGAAGACACCCUUCUCGAAUUCGCCAAUAAAAUGAAAGACGCCGAAAAUGCCAGCCACGAAGGCAAGAAGAAGAAUGAGAUGUCCUGGCCCAUCUUCCAAAUUGUCCAUCAGCGUACGUAUCCUCCCCCAGCCUCGUCCAGCUACGAGAUCUUUCACAUGCAUGGAAACUGCCCCAAGCGGCCGCGAAGGUGAGGCUAUCGUUCUCAUUGACCUCACACGGGCGGUGUUGCGGGCAUAUUUAGAAUCGCAUACUAACAAUGAUUGACCAGGCUCCCGAUACAUCUACGACCUCUACUACGAGAAAGAAGCCAUCAGUAAGAAACUCUACGACUGGUUGCUCAAGAACGGGUACGCCGAUGGAAAUCUCAUCGCGAAGUGGAAGAAGAACGGCUAUGAAAAGGUAAAUAUGACCAUUUCCCUUCCCGCUAAUUGCCUCCCGAAAGGAAUUAUGUGCUGACUUUUGGGACACGUCUAGCUCUGCUGUCUCCGCUGCAUCCAGACCAAAGAGACCAACUUCAACGCCACGUGCAGAUGCCGUGUGCCCAAAGCACAGCUGAAAGAGGAUCAAGAUAAUCCUUGUGUCAGCUGUGGGUGUCGAGGCUGCGCGAGCGGUGACUAG